AUUCGAUCAUAAUCAACGUUCUAAUAUGGAUUCUGUUACUGAUAAAUAUAUAGUUUAAUAGUCAACUGACGUAACAUAGUAGCAUACAUACAGUGCCCAUCAGCAAAUUGAGGAUUAUCUUCGACUAAUCUUCUUCGGAAGCCAUUUAAGCUUGGAUUUGAAUGGAUUUAGAUUCCAUAAAUUUGAGUUACCGCAAUGCAUAUAAAGAUUCAACGUUAUAGAGAAGUGAAGUCUGAAAUUAGUAAAUCGACAUGGUGAACGGAAGUGUUCAUUGGGAGGCAAGAGUUCUAUCAGCAAAACCAAUACGGUUGCUAGGAUGGAACGUCCCUGCUGAGGAAUUGGUUCAUAUACCAGAACAUUGGCUGAUCUAUCCUGAACCCAAUCCUUCUCUUCACUAUUUACUGGCCAUUCUAUACAUAAUUUUCACCUUUGUAGCGUUAUUCGGAAAUGGACUUGUUAUCUGGAUAUUUUGCUCAGCCAAAUCGCUAAGAACAUCUUCAAAUUUGUUUGUGGUGAAUUUGGCAUUUUGCGAUUUCUUCAUGAUGCUCAAGGCACCGAUAUUUAUAUAUAAUUCUUUUAAUACUGGAUUUGCUACUGGUCAUUUAGGAUGUCAACUCUUUGCCUUUAUGGGUUCGCUUAGUGGAAUUGGAGCUGGUAUGACAAAUGCUGCUAUAGCGUAUGACAGAUACAGUGUUAUAGCCCGACCACUUGAUGGGAAAUUAUCUCGCGGUCAAGUGAUGCUCUUUAUUGUACUUAUCUGGACGUACACAAUUCCUUGGGCCUUGAUGCCAAUAAUGCAUGUCUGGGGUCGGUUUGUGCCUGAAGGUUUUUUGACAAGCUGCACUUUCGAUUAUUUGACAGAUACUCCGGAAAUACAAUAUUUUGUGGCCACAAUAUUUAUCUUUUCUUAUUGUAUACCAAUGUUACUUAUCAUAUAUUAUUAUAGUCAAAUUGUCAGCCACGUUAUUAAUCACGAGAAAGCUCUUCGUGAACAAGCAAAGAAGAUGAAUGUCGAAAGUUUGAGAAGCAAUGUCGAUACAAAUGCUCAAACUAUGGAAAUACGUAUAGCCAAGGCCGCGAUAACAAUAUGCUUCCUUUUUGUUCUCUCGUGGACUCCAUACGGAGUUCUCGCGAUGAUUGGUGCUUUUGGAGAUAAGACAUUAUUAACUCCUGGUAUCACAAUGAUACCGGCAUGCACAUGCAAAUUUGUGGCUUGUUUGGAUCCAUAUGUAUAUGCUAUAAGUCAUCCAAGAUACAGAUUAGAACUGCAAAAACGAUUACCGUGGUUAGAAUUGCAAGAAAAAUCUACGGAUACUCGGAGUUCUACAUCUGAAAUAGUGAAUGUGCCAUCAUCUUAAAUCUUAUUUAAUUUU